AUGGCUAGUAUAUCGAAGUUAAUUCUUGUUCUAUUCUGGCUUUCAGGGAUCAACGCCCAGUAUGGGGGAGGCCAAAGCAAUACUACGACGACAUCAGUAUCAUCAUCGGUUACCAAAUCAAGUUCAUCAACUUCACUCUCAGCCACAAAAAGUGUGCAAUCUGUUGAUGUAGGGGAGGAUGGCUUUACCUUUUCCCCAGAUACACUCACUGCAUCAGCUGGUGAUAAAAUCGAGUUUCACUUCUAUCCGGGAAAUCAUUCAGUGACUCAGGCGGCCUUUGCAAAGCCCUGCCAACCAUUGAACAAUACAAGUAUCUUCAGUGGAUUCGUACCGGCUACAAGCGGUGAAUCAAAAACCGUCUUUACCGUUGUUGUCAAUGACACAAAUCCUAUAUGGUUAUACUGUGCUCAGAUUGGACACUGUCAGGCUGGUAUGGUUGCUGUAAUUAACCCGCCAAACCAGGACGCUCUUUCGAUGUUCAAGGCAGCAGCGGCAAAAGUAAGCGAGAGUUCUGAGCCAUCGGCCGUACAAGGUGGGACACUAGGAGUACCGCGCAAUUCAUCCACAUCGACAAGCAGCAGUUCUACAAACAGAUCUACAAGCGGUUCUACAAGCAGUUCAAGUAGCAGUUCAAGCAGCAGUUCCGGCAGCACAUCUUCGAGUACGCCCACCAGCAGUUUGAAUUCAAGCAGCACAUCCUCACGCAGCUCCAGCCCCAGCAGCACCUCCACGGGUAGCCCAAGUUUAAGCCAAGGAAACACCUUGUACACCUGGAAUGACGCGAGUAUAGCUCUGACCUUAUCGGCAAUUGUAGGUAUGCUCAUGCAUUAG